AUGGUUCUAUACAUAGACUUUGAUCUACCAUGUCUAUCCGAUGAUCCAUCUGGCGAUGAAGGCGACAAUCUUCGGGAGACUUCCCUUGCUGAUGCUGGGCUAGACUCUGCCCGACCGAACCAGACAAUUCACCCUCGCAUCCACGUCUCUCAGGACGGCAAGGAUCCUCAGGAGCGGGCCAAGCGCACAAACGGGUUCCUGCGGGGACGUGGAUAUAGCGGGAGAUGA